GCCCCCGGCGCCAUCUUGAGGCCCCUCCUCUGCUGGAGCCGGGCGCCAAACUCAAAGCGCAAGAUGGCGGCGGAGCGCCUGUUCAACAGCGAGGUGUGCGUGCAGUUGCGGGGCCAGGGCUGCGAGGAGAGGAGAUUAAAUGUUCGCGUGAAUAUUGAGCUGCUGUCAAUUUCUAACCCUGUUCAUAAAAAGGAUUUAGCUGUGCGACUGACUGAUGAUGCUGAUCCCUUUUUCCUUUAUAACCUUGUCAUAUCUGAGGAAGAUUUUCAAAGUUUAAAAUCCCAGCAAGGUCUCUUGGUGGACUUCUCUGCUUUCCCACAGAAGUUUAUAGAUCUGCUUCAACAAUGCAUUCAAGAACAGAACAAAGAUAUCCCAAGGUUUUUGCUGCAGUUAAUUUCUUCAGCAUCUGUUCUAGAUCACACACCUGUCUCUUUAAAUGUAGUGGAGACCAACCCUUUCAAACACCUUACCCAUCUCUCUCUAAAAUUCCUACCAGGAAAUGAUGCAGAAGUAAAGAAAUUUUUAGCCAGCUGCUUGAAGUGCCUUAAGGAAGACAAAAUGACACUGGAAGAAAAACUUAGAAAAACUGAAGAGGAUUUUACCAGACAACUGAGCUACACUCAACAGAGCUUGGCGGAGAAGAGCCGAGAACUAGACAAACUGAAAAAUGAAUGGACAUCAUACACUGCAGCUCUAACAAGCAAACACACGCAAGAGCUGACAGCUGAAAAGGAAAGAGCUCUCCAGGCACAAACUCAGUACCAACAACAGCACGAACAACAGAAAAAGGAAUUGGAAAGUUUGCAUCAGAGAAGUAUUCAGCAGUUGCAGAAUAGACUCUCAGAACUUGAGGUCAUCAAUAAAGAUCUAACAGAAAGGAGAUACAAAGGAGACUCUACAGUCAGAGAACUGAAAGCAAAGCUUUCUGGAGUUGAAGACGAAUGUCAAAGGGCGAAGCAGGAGGUGGUGUCACUGCGGCGGGAGAACACCACUCUGGAUGCUGAAUGUCACGAAAAAGAGAAACUCAUUAACCAGCUCCAGACACGGGUUGCUGUUCUGGAGCAAGAGAUCAAAGACAAAGAUCAACUGGUUAUUAGAACAAAAGAAGUGCUAGAUGCGACGCAAGAACAAAAGGUGAUACUGGAGGAGAAUACAGAAAAAAAACAAAGUCAUAUUGAAAAGCUUGAGACAACAAUUAAGUCGCUGUCAGCUGAACUUCUUAAGGCUAAUGAAAUUAUCAAGAAGUUACAAGGAGAUCUGAAAACCCUAAUGAGUAAAUUGAAAUUGAAAAAUACAGUAACAAUUCAACAAGAGAAACUAUUAGCAGAAAAAGAAGAGAGACUUCAAAAAGAACAGAGGGAAUUGCAGGAGACUGGACAAUCUCUUCGAAUGAAAGAGCAGGAGGUUUGCAAGUUACAAGAACAGCUAGAAACUACAAUACAGAAACUGGAAGAAAGUAAGCAGUUAUUGAAAACCAAUGAAAACGUAAUCACGUGGUUAAACAAACAACUGAAUGAAGUUCAGAUGGUAAAGAAGAUGGAGACUCCCAGCAGCACACACGGUGCUGUUAGAACUGCCUUGUCACCUCACAGCAUGCUUGACCGACCUUCCUUUCCCAGCUCAGGAAUCAAUCAUCCCAUUUCUCCCUUCUAUGCCUUCCAGAAGUUUGCAGAACCAGCACGUAACAAAAAUACCAGCCCCCACUGUCUAGCACCAAAGAUUCAAUUUAACUCACAGGUUUCAAAAAUAGAUCAGCAUUCAGAUGUUCAGCCAGCGACUGCUGCAACUGGCCAUCCAUCAAAUAAGGAAAAUGGUGAUAAUUUGGGGCUGGAAUCCAAGUAUUUCAAGAAAAAAGAAGACAGCAUUCCUUUACGAGGGCUUAGUCAAAAUACACUUAACUCAGAGUACUUGAAACCCUACGUAUCAAAAGUCCAGCCAUCACCACCAGCUGCAGUGACAACAGCCUCAGCUUAUUUUCCAGGAUAGUAGCCGGGGAUAUUAAGAAUUGUCUUUUAACUGUUUGGGGGAUCUAAAUAUGUCCUAUAUUGACAUUAGUAUCACGGUCAACUGACAAUUUUGUCUGAAUUGAUUUUCUUUGAGAAAGAUAUCUUAUCUGGAUGCCUUUUCAGCUGAUUCAGAAAAGAUAAAGCUUAAGGCAGCCUCAGCCCUAAUGGUAACACCACUGGACUUGAGUCACUGAGUUAAGUGCUGGAUUUUCUCCUGGCCUGUAUCUUCCAGAAAACCCAAGUAAGUGACACUGACUUCUUUUGUUCUAGCAUUUGACAAGUGUGACUCUCUAACGAAGUGUAUUCUGUGGUAUUCCCUGAUAGGGAACAUGAUUCCUUAUGAAUGCUUUCCUCUAGUUCUUUCGGAGAAAGGAUGCUGCAGAUAGAUUUCCAGCACUUUCUGGGUUAUGUUUAUUUUAAUAACGGUCAAGCUUGUAAUUCAGCAUGACUCCUUCCUCUCUUAAAGAGUUUUAAUUUUGAAACCUUUUGUAAUUUGAAUUGCAUAUAGAUUUACAAAUGAUGUAAUGGAAGAUCCUAAAUGAUUUCACUGAAGGUAUAAAACUAUGGUAUAAGAUCACAGCCCGGGUUGCCCUAAUUUCUUACCCAUCUAUCAGUAUUACAUUUGGACAACCAAGCAUCAAAUACUAUAGAACAAUGCGUCUGAACAUUGUAGCAGAUGAACUAAAGCUAUCCUGCAUUUACUAAUCCUACUUUACAAAUGUAAUACUGCACAGAAACUUUCUUAAGAUACUCAAAUUGCAGUGGACUGAAUCUGUUCAGCACAUUCUACUAUCUGGGUUCAAAUCCUAGAAUCAUGUUACAAUUUCAUUCUUAAAUAGGGCGGGCAAGUACUUGGAACAUCAGAAAUACACUUUUAUUUCAGACACUGUCUACAUCUGUUUUUAAAGAUAAUUCAUACCUCAGAUAUUUAACUGCAGCUGAGGACUGUAUAUUUAAGUAAGUGGUUUGUUUUGCAGUGCAAAAUAUGUAUAUUUGUUUAUAAUCAGCACCAUGUUUACAUGUAUCCACUCGUUUUGAAAUAUUAAACGUUUAUCAAAAACUCUGAAAA